AUGGCUGCUGCUCAACUGCGACAUUACAACAAUAAUUUAAAAGGCCAUUCAGCAUCAGUCAAAUCAAUAUGGAUACCAAAAAGCAACGAUACUGAGGGGCGAUAG